GGCGCAGCGCCGCUGAAGCCCGGGAGCUGGUGGGUCGUGAGGCACGAUGCCGUAUGCCAACCAGCCCACUGUGCGGAUCACGGAGCUCACCGAUGAGAAUGUCAAGUUCAUCAUCGAGAACACGGACCUGGCGGUAGCUAACUCUAUACGAAGGGUCUUCAUCGCCGAGGUGCCCAUAAUAGAUCCCUGGUCCCCACUUGAGCUGCAGAAUCAGCCUUUGGCAGCCUGGCCCACGCUUCUGCGAUUUACCAUUGACUGGGUUCAGAUUGAUGCCAAUUCCUCAGUCCUUCAUGAUGAGUUCAUUGCUCACAGACUUGGACUAAUCCCCCUCACUAGUGAUGACAUUGUGGACAAGCUGCAGUACUCCCGGGACUGCACGUGUGAGGAGUUCUGCCCCGAGUGCUCAGUGGAGUUCACCCUAGACGUGCGGUGCAAUGAAGACCAAACUCGUCACGUCACAUCUCGAGACCUCAUCUCCAAUAGCCCCCGGGUCAUUCCAGUGACCUCUCGGAACCGAGAUAAUGACCCCAAUGACUACGUGGAACAGGAUGACAUCCUCAUUGUCAAGCUGAGGAAAGGCCAGGAGCUAAGACUUCGAGCCUAUGCCAAAAAGGGCUUUGGCAAGGAGCAUGCCAAGUGGAACCCUACUGCAGGGGUGGCUUUUGAAUAUGAUCCUGACAAUGCCCUGCGGCACACGGUGUACCCCAAGCCCGAGGAGUGGCCGAAGAGCGAGUACUCCGAGCUGGAUGAAGAUGAGUCCCAGGCUCCCUACGACCCCAAUGGCAAGCCAGAGAGGUUUUACUACAAUGUGGAGUCCUGUGGCUCUCUGCGUCCUGAAACCAUUGUCCUCUCAGCCCUCUCUGGAUUGAAGAAGAAGCUGAGUGACUUACAGACCCAGUUAAGCCACGAGAUCCAGAGUGAUGUUCUGACCAUAAACUAGCGGCAGCUCACCUGUUCCAGCAAGAGGGGUUCUAGACCAGCAGCUGGCUCUCCAGUCUCUCCAGAGAUACCUGUAGCCUCUGGGGUAGACAGCUGGGGCUCAG